GCAGUGACUGCGGUUUAACUACCUUUAACUUUUUUUUUUACAAUAGCUUCUGUCUAACUUGACAUUGUGCUGUGUUUUGGAAAGACAAUGCCCUCCUGUGGUAUCUCCUUUUGAGCUUUUCUGCCGUUUCUUAUCUGCCCUUUACUCUAGUGGUGAGUAUGAGAAAUGUCUCCCGCCUACCAGCAAGCAACACACGCACACACUAGCACGCGUGCGCGCACACACUGCUCUUCUAUGUUUGUCAGACUCAAAGCCGAGGGAGCGGAGAUAGCCGCCAUUUUCUAAGCGUCUCUCCCUAAAACGAGAGAAAAAGCUCCGCGGUAAAACUGCCAUCUGGACUACAUUUCGCGUAACGAGAACCUGGAUUUUUGCUCAUGGACUAUCGUAAAUCCGCCUACGUUUGAAGUAUUCGGGGAAGAAAGGACCGUUUCGCGGCCUGGGUUUAUAUUCGCUGUGGCGGCGAGGCGAGCUAGUGCCGCCGAAGAAGGUGUAGAUCGUUGAUUCGCCCAUUGCCUGAAUCCGGAACGAACCCGAGGAGAGGCUCUGCGAAGCGGAGCAUUUUUUUUUACACACAGUCCAGCUGCCUUUUUCAUGGAUUAGUUCAUGGCCGAGUGAUAAAGUCAAUUGGCGUUUUUUUUGUGUGUGUGCUAGCACUCUUGUGUUUUUUACGUAAACUGCAGGGGAUUGUUGCCGAAAUUCCCUCGGAUAGUGCAACCUCGUCACGUGGCUGUCCUCAGGUGGGGCAGUAAGCGGGUUGUGUGGAGCAGGCCGCGGUGCCCGUCCCUCUGCACUGCAUGGCUGCGAUGGCGCCCGCUCUCACCGACGCCCCAGCCGAAGCUCACCACAUCCGCUUCAAACUGGCUGCACCAUCUUCAAGUCUCUCACCGGCAAGUGCAGAGAACAACGGUAACGCCAGCAACAUUCUCAUCCACAGCAGUGGCCCCGCUAAGUGCAAGGUCGCAUCCGAAGAGUGCCCUCUUGAUUUUUGUGUCGGCAACCAGGAAGAGCAGGAGCAGCAGCCCCAAACUGAUUCUGUGUCUCAGGCCUCCGCCCUGGGCAAACUCCAGCCACUGGUGGCGUCUUACCUGUGCUCUGAUGUGACACCGGUUUCCUCGCCUAAGGAGUCAAUCAAGCUACAAGGAGUCCUUAUCAAACAGUCUGUGUUGAAAAGCCACAGGAUACUGCCUACUUCCCUGCUUAACGGCGGAGGAGACUUCCUGUUAAGGAAAAGGCAGGCAAUUGAAAUCUCUGGCAGUCAGUUGAAAACCCUCAUGAGUGGCAGCACUAACGGAGGUGGCCAGCCCAUGGCACCGGUCAAUGGACUGGCAAAAAAGCUGGCCACUAUGUCGGGGGCUGGGUGUGCAGUGGCAGUUAAUGGUGACAAACCCCCUGCCACCACAGACUCUCAGUCGCAAAGCCUGUCCUUAGGCCCUGAGACCUUGACAGCUGCCUUAUCAGGGCAUAUCCCAGUGAAAGGAACACUUAAACAGAAGCAUUCCUUGGGAGUUUCUCAAAAUACAGAUGGAUUAAAUGUUGAACCAUCAGUGCUUCAGUCUAUUGCACUUUCCCCAUUUACCAACAACAACAACAACUCAAACCCCAGUGAACAGGUGAAUUUAGAAGAGGCUAAUUCGAACACGCCUAUCAGUCAGUCACAGGGCACUGACAGGGACACACCAGGCAGCAGCCAGCAAGGAUCCCUACUUUGCACACCUGCGCCCCUGCCAUGUAGUUCUUCUUCAGACAGCCUUGAUGCUCAUAUUAGAGAGCGCACACUUCUCAACAGCAGCCGUCAAGCUGAGAUUGAAAGCCGGCUAAGACGCCUACGCAAACGUCUUCAGGUGGUACAGGCCAAACAGGUGGAGCGGCACAUUCAGCAACAGUUGGGUGGCUUCCUGGAUUCAGCUCUCAGCCGACUUUUGACCAGUAACCGCAAGUCAGAGACAACGACCACAACAGCUACGUGGAGGACUGGGCGUCACUCUUCGAACAACAGAGAUGGUCUCAGUCGCUUUCUAAAAACUGGCUCUAUGCCCUUAGAAUUGGAAAGGCUGUAUCUGAGUGGAUCAGCUAACCUCCAUUCAGCUGAAGUCGCCUUUGACUCAGAUGUGACAGAAAGUAGCUCUGGAGGGGACUCUGACCUGGAAGAGGAGGAGGUGACAAGGGUGGACAUCGCACAGCGUCAUGUCAAAAUAUGGAAGAGAGCAGAGAGUCGCUACACGGUGGAGAGAGCUGCCAUCAUCAGCCACUGGAACUGGCUCCAGGCUCACAUCUCAGACUUGGAGUACCGCAUCAGACAGCAGACAGACAUCUACAGACAAAUUCGGGCCAGCAAGGGCUCUGUUGAGUUGGGUGGUGUUUCUCCCAGUACAGUGCCUACAGGUGGGACAGAAGUAAAAACAGAGGCUGUCGGUAGUCAGGAUGUGCCUUCAGAACGGCUGGAGCACACAGGCCCCGCCCAUCUCACCAAUACAGAGGGCGGUCCAUGGAAGGGUCAAAACGGUCAACCAGUUAAUGGCGUCCUCAGCAGGAUGGCAGAGACAGCAGACACCAAACACCAGCAGCCAUCUUCUCACGACAGCACAUGCGUGGCUGCACGAACGCGGCCGCUUGUCAGCUGCCGCCGCCGACGGCUCAUUCAGCCCAACACUGUGCCCAACCUUAAUGGCAAGGUCCCAAGAAGCAGUUGUGUUCAGUGCCAGUGCAGGGUAAACCCCAGUUGUGUGAUGUGUGGUGGCCGGCCCACCCCCAGAGAAGACCCUCAAUAUGAACUACCCACCCUGGAACGUCUGUCAAGACUGGAUCUUGGCGUCCACCCCAUCCUCUCCUUCCCUGAUGAUGUUUGUGUCGGCCUACGGCUGCAACAAGUGAUGAAGAGCCAGUGGCAGAGCAAGUCUCUGGAAAGGAGCAAACCACUGAAGAAACUUUCCCUCAAACACAAGCUUGCCACAUCCAAAGAGAAGCACAAGUUCACCAACUCACUUAUGGCAGUCAGGCUGGGGCAUUAUAAGAACAGGGUUGAGAAGCAGAGGGCAGUGGACAGCAGCAUGGGCAGCAGCAGUGCUCUGCUGAACACCACCAGACUGGAUGUUCAGUCCAUGUGCAAGACUGAGCGUCUGCAGGCCCUCCCUGCAUCUUUAGGCCCAUAUGAAAAGAACUAUAGCCGCAAGAGAUUGAGAGAGUCAUCACUGGACAGAACUGACACCUUACCCAAGCUUUUCAUGGAUUCGCCCAGCACCUGCCUUUCCUUGACCAACAUGCACUCAUCCCUUCAUAGCCCUCUCAGCCGGCAGUUGUCCACAUCGUCAGAAAACUCUACACCACUGGGCCCCGGCAGUCAGAGUGUACCAAGCACUCCUCUACAGCCCAUUAAGAGGAGGCGAGGUGAAAGCUCCUUUGAUAUCAACAACAUUGUCAUCCCCAUGUCUGUGGCAGCCACAACCAGAGUGGAGAAGCUACAAUAUAAGGAGAUCCUCACACCCAGUUGGAGGGUAGUGGACGUCUUUUCUCAGCCCAUCACCGAAGAGGAAGAUGAACGAGAGGUGGAGGACCUGUCAGACGCAGCCUUCGUUCAGCUGCACCAACCCUAUGAAGAUCAGGAACGCACCCGCUGGACUUGGAUGGCCUUUGCUCCUGCUAAGAGGAGGGGCAGCAGGUCCUACAAAUCUGUAGAUGGACGGACAACACCGUUGCUGUGCGGUACCAACCCACCCACUCCUCAGCCUGCAUCCCCAGACCCUGGACACUGCCCAUUGCUCCAUGACUACAGCCAUGUGCCGUCACCCAUGAGUCCAGCGAGUCCUGACACGGCCUCCAAUCCUCACACACCCUGCUCUAGGGACUCCCAUCGGCUGCUGUCCAGUGAAGACACUCGGUGUUCAACACCUGACUUCUCCUUUGAAGAACGGACGGUACCACCCUGGGAACUACGCUCCUUCCCCUUGCCAGAGGACCCGGCCCCAGAACCUGAGACCGAAUACCAGGUCAGGCCUAGAAUGCGCAGCAUCUCAGGUUGCCGAGCCUUUGGCCGCUUGGAUUCAGACGACAUGGAUCAGCCUUGUGAUGAUGACGGUAGCCCAAAACUUAAGGCCUCCACCAACCGAUAAAUGACUGACAGGCUGAGGUUGCCCCACCCUGCCCAAAAAGACUUUUGCCCAUUAACCCUGACCCCUACUCUACCCAAAAA